GAAGAAGCAAAAACAAUACGCUUGUAUUUUUCAUGCACGGUUUGUGUUAAUCAGCUCUUCGCGACUUUUUAAACGGAACCGAUCAGCGAGGUGACAAACCCUCUGUAAAUUCCGUUAAAUCCCGCGGCUCUCACGCGCCACCAUGAGCGCACCGGGAAGCGGGGACUCCAGACUCGAGCAGGUCAUACAGAAGUUGGAGGAGAGUGUGUUAUCUGAAGAGAAGAAAUUGACCGUGCGAGGCCAUUCUCCUGAUGCCCCGCCCACCUACAUACCGGCUCGUGUACGAGAAAUUGUCACCAAGAACCUGAACAAGAACACCGCAGGCAGCAUGUCCUCAGUUUUGUCCCUGGAAGAGGAGAACCGUGUCCUUCAGAGUGAACUGAGUCGUCUCGAGGACCUGCUGGCCCACAGCCGCGCUGACCGCGAUGAGCUCGCCAUCAAAUACAGCACCAUCAGUGAAAGGUUAGAGCAGGCCCUGCGUUUGGAGGUGGGGGUCAGUGACAGCGACUCUCCAGAGUGUGUGAGUUCGUCUCAGCAGGUGAUGGAGCUGCGACGACGUUUAGAUGAAGAACAAAAUGCUUACAAACGCAAACUCACUGCCUACCAGGAGGGGCAGCAGAGACAAGCACAACUGGUCCAGAAACUGCAGGCCAAGGUUCUGCAGUAUAAAAAGAAAUGCAGUGAUCUGGAACAGUCUGUGCUGCACAAAUCAUCAGAACAAAGUGGGUGUGAAAAGUCCACUAAUGGUCAGGAUGAGUGCAGCAGCGAGCUGGAGACAGCCCUUAUCCGCCUAGAGGAAGAGCAGCAGAGGAGCAGCAGUCUUUCGGCAGUGAAUGCGAUGCUGCGUGAACAACUGGAACAGGCUGGAGUAGCCAAUGAGGCGCUGAGCCAGGACAUCCGCAGACUCACUGCUGAUUGGACCAAAGCAAGGGAGGAGCUGGAGCAGAAGGAGUCUGAUUGGAGGAGGGAGGAGGAGUCAUUCCAUAACUACUUCAGCAGUGAACACAGUCGGCUGCUGACUCUGUGGAGGCAGGUGGUCAGCUUCCGCAGGAGUGUGUGUGAGAUGAGGAGUGCUACAGAGAGGGAUCUCUCAGUGAUGCGCAAUGACCUGGCUCAGGCAUCUCAGAGUGUGCAGCUGCAGUGUGUGUGCGUGUGUGUGGCGGUGCAGAGUCACAAGGACAGCACGGCCCUGAUCCUGGCACGAGAGGCGUCUCAGCGUGUCACACUGGAGCAGCUGCUCCGAGAGAAAGAGAGCGAGAUUACUGAGAGCCAAUCAGAGAGAGAGAAACUCAACAACAGGCUGGCAGAUGCAGAGAGAGAGAUGGAGAGACUCAGAGCUCAGGUAGACGAGAGAGAGAAGGAGAUCACAUCACUCACCCGAAGACUGCAGGAGCAGAGUGGAGAUGAAGAAUCAGAGCUCCACAUAUACAGAGCUCAAACUAACAGUCUGCUGGACACACUGAGAGACAUUGCACAGUUGAUGAUGUCGGAUUCGGACUCGGGCGUGUUCACCUCCUCGGUGGAGGCCGAAUCAGAGAACAGUGUUUUGGCUCUGUUGCCAUUAAUGCGCUCUUCAUCUCCGCAUCGACCCUCAUCACCACAGAGAUCAUCGUCUCCACAGCGACCCUCUGUCCCACACCUCCCUGAAUCUGCUCUAUCAGCUCUAUGUGCCAUGGCAUCCAAAAGACAUCUACAGCUCCAGGAGGUCAAAGGUCGUCUGCAGUCAGCGCAGUCAUCUGUCCAGCAGCUGCGCAAACAACAGGGAGAGGCGGAGUCAGGCAGGAGGGAGGCGGAGCUACGUCUGCAUGCCAUGCAGGGUGAGAGAGAUGAUGCCCAGAGAGAGAGAGAGACUGCAGUGAGAGAGAGAGACCGACUCCGACAGGAGAGAGACAAACUCUGCAGUGAGAAGGAGUGUGUGCAGCAGUCUGCACAGGCUUUGCAGACAAAACUGCAGCUACUACAGAUGGAUUGUGAGAGACUGCAGCAGGCAGUGUCAUCUGCACAGAGGGAGAGAGAUCACGAACGAGUGGAGAGAGAGACAGCUGUGCAGGAGAGAGAUCGUGCCAGAGCAGAGAUGGAGAGAGUUCAGUCUCAGUGGGGACAGAGUGAGAGUCGCUGCAGUUCUCUGCGCUCUGAAUUGGCUGCAGUGAAGGAGUCACUCCAGCAGGGGGAGACAGAGAGACAACUGCUCACAGCUGAGAAGAGCCAACUGACUGACACUCUCAGUAAGGUGGAGUCCAGUAAGGCUGAGCUGAUGGUGAUGAUGGCGAAGCUGCGCUCAGAGGAGGCGUCACUGCGAGACUCUCUGGCGAAAAUGAGCAGCUUAAAUGAGGGACUCACUCAGGACAAAACAGAUCUGAACACCAUCAUCAUCCAGCUGGAGGAGGAGAGGAGUGUGCUGCAGAGUGAGAAGAGAGAGGUGGAGCAGGAGAAGCUGACCAUCAGAGACGAGCUUGUCCGAUUGGAGCAGGACCGACUGGAGCUAGACUCCGCCCACCUCACUCUCCACCAAUCACUGCAGGAGUCUGAGCAGGCCAGGGCGGUUUUAGAGUCAGAGCUUCAGAUGCUCCGGAUGGACAGACAAAAACUGCAGGAGAAAGUUUCUCAGCUGUGUGGUGAGGUGAGCUCUUUGGGGUCAGAGCUUGGCCUCAUACGUGGUGAGGGUGAGAGAAAGGGUGUUGCUCUGGAGGAAGCUGGACGGACAAGAGCAGAGCUUGCUCGAGAGAGGGCGGGGCUUGUGGUUCAACUCACAGCAUCUGAGAGAGAUAACGCUGCACUGACGGAGGAACUUGCCGCGUUCAGGAUGGAAAGGGAAACUCUGGAGGCGAGUCUGUUUGAGGUGCAGCAGCAGUUGAUGCAGUCAGACUUGCGCAGAGAGCAACUUGAGAAUGAGAACCUCAACCUGAGAGCUCGAUAUGAAAACAUAGCAGCGGAGCUGAAGCGUGUGCGUGUGGAUGGAGAAACGGUUGCUGCUCAGAGUGAGAGAGAGAGACAAGCUCUUAAACAUGAGCUGAUUAGCGCACAGCAUGAGGCUCAGCUCUCUCUCCGUAAUGCACUGUCUGACCACCAGGAGGAGCUGGAGAGACUCUGCAAUGACCGGGAGGCUCUACGCUGUAGUCUGCAGGUCGAGCACGAGGAAGCGCUGCGGCGCGUGAGGGAGGAGAUGGAAGAGCGCCUGCAGAAGAUGGAGCGAGAGCGGGAGGAGCUACAGGAAGAGAUUGGGGCUGUACAGCACGCACGGGAUCAGAGUCUUCUCCAGGCCGAGAGCGACAAACAGCAGGCUCUCUCCCUGAAGGAGACGGAGAAGGCUGUUCUCUCAGAGAAAGUGUCCCUGCUACAGGCCGAGCUCAGCUCUGUGAACCUGGAGCUGGAAAGACUGACCAGAGAAACACAACACCUGAAGGAGCAGGAGAGGGUUGCAGUAGGAGCAUUGAACACAGAGUUACAGGAGCUGCGCAUUCAGCUAGAGGACACGGUGAGCUCUAACAGGCGAGAGGUGCGCAGACUGCAGGAGAAUUGCACAGAGGAGCAGAUACGUGCAGACAGUGCACUCAGAGAGCUGGAGGAGUGUCGCGCUCUUCUCUCAGCCAGUGAGGAGAACCGAGAUACCAUGAGGCGAGACCUUUUGGAGAUGGACAGACGUCUGAGCCAUACGCGUGACACGGGGGAGGGGCAUCGGCGAGACACAAUGGAUCUGCGGCGCUCCCUUGGUGAUGUCACUAAGGAGAAAGACGCUCUCAACCAAUCAAACAGCCAGCUUAGGGAGGCUCUGAGAGCAGCGGAGGGCGAACGCAUCAGUGCGAGGCGUCAGUGUGAGGAGAAAGAGCAGCGUGUGGCCAUACUGGAGGAAACCCUGCUGUCUGUGCAGAAGGAAGUAGGAGAUUUGCGCAGCUGUCUGCGUGAGGUGGAGAGAUCACGACUGGAGGCCAGGAGAGAACUGCAGGAACUGCGCAGACAGGUGAAGGUGGUGGAUGUAGAGAGGGAGCAGAAAGCCAAAGAAGUGGCAGAGCUCCAGACUCGUCUCUCACUGGAGGAGCAGAAGGUUGAGGAACGAGGGAAGGAGCUCUUCUCCAUCAAACAGAAACUCGCUGAGACAGAGGCAGCCAGAAACUCCCUCAGAAAAGAGUUGACCUGUGUUCAGAAGCGUCUGAGUGACAGUGAGAGCAGUCGGCGUGGACUCGAGCGCGAUUUGAGCUCUCAGCUGCAGGAGGCACGCGGCUCUGAGAAGAAGCUGCAGGACGAAUUGAGGAACCUGAGCCUGCGUGCGCAAUGUGGGCUUGAAGCGUCUGCGCAGAUGCAACUGCAGCUGAGCGAGUCACAGGGUUGCCUCACUGCCACUGAAGCGGAGCUAACGCGCUCCGAGGCCGCGCGCCGUGAUCUCGAGUUCCGAUUGGCCAGUUUGCAGUCUGCACUCACUCGUACACUGGGUAUCGGUGUCGGGGGGCGUGGCUUACGCGGACGCAGCCCUGCAGGUUCUACCCACUCCUCACUCAUAUCUGUGGUCACGCCCCGUCGCCAGAGCAUGUCUCCUAUACGCAGCUCGUUAUCGCCCUCUAAAGAUAUUGUGGACAAAUCCAGUAAAUCCAGUCCUGAUAACACUCAGGAUGUGUCUCGUCCCCUGUCCCCUGAGAAAGGAGACACGCCCAUCCCUCUCAUGCAGCCUGACCUUGACCCAGAAACACUUCGCAGUGGCCUUCGAGAAUUCCUGCAAGAGCUCAGAGAAGUCCAUAGAGAACGGGAUGAGGUACGCAGCCAGUUGGGGGCACUGCAGCAAGAACUUGAGGAAGUUAAAGGAGAGAGGGAGUCUGUUCAAAACCAUGUCACUCAACUUCACACCAUGCUGCAGGAGUGUCAGGAAGGUAAGCGGAGUGUGGAUGGUCGGCUGAACUCCAGUCAGGUGUUACUGCAGCAACAGGAGGAGGCGUUGAGGAAAGGAGAGAGAGAAAAGAGAACUCUCACUGAACGAGUUAAAGAGCUUGAGAGAACACUGCAGAGUGCAGAGAUGGAACACAGACACCUUCAGGAGCAGUGCAAUAAACUCAGGGCAAGUGAGGUGAGGUUGGAGGCAGAGCGCCGGAGGUUAAGGGAGGCUUUAGAAGGAGCUGAGUCUCGAGCUACAAGGGUGGAGCUUGGAAGGCGGAGCUUAGAGGGAGAGAUCCAACGGCUACGAGUGUGUCACAGUGAGAAAGAAACAGAAGCCCAGAGUGCUCAGGACCGACACGACAACAUGCUCAAACAGGUGAGUGGGGCACAGGUAAUAUUCACACAGGUAACACACACACACAAACACACAGGUAAUAUUCACACAGGUAACACACACACAGGUAACACACACACAGGUAACACACACAGGUAAUAUUCACACAGGUAACACACACAGGUAAU